GGGCACCCGGAAGCGCGGGGAUGCCCGGGGGGGGCGCGGGCGGCCGCCAUGAGCAAGAGGAAUCAGGUCUCCUACGUGCGGCCGGCCGAGCCCGCCUUCCUCAGCCGCUUCAAGCGGCAGGUCGGGUAUCGGGAGGGCCCCACGGUGGACACCAAGAGAGAGCAGCUUCCCCUUGCAGAUGAUGAUAGUGACAAUGGCAGUGACAAGGAAGAUGAGCAGCCUCAAGUGGUAACACUAAAGAAAGGAGACUUGACUGCUGAAGAAGCAAUGAAAAUUAAACAGCAAAUCAAAGAGGCCUUAAAGUCAAAUGAAUCAGAUGAUGAACCAGAGCCUGCUGAUGGAAAAAUUAUGUUCAGGAAACCAGCCAAACGUUCAUCAGAGAAGUGUUUGGACUUCAAUGUAAGUUCAAGUAAGAAGAUGAAAGAAGCAAAGAAAACUAAGAGAGAAGCAACUACUUCUCAGAGUACAGCUAAGCAAGUAAAAAAUAGCAGUCUUCUCUCAUUUGAUGAUGAGGAAAAUGAUGAUUAGGGGUUGUAUUUUUUUAUAUUUUACUUACCUUUCUAGAAAUCUGAGUAACAUUGAGGGCUUUCAUAGGAAUUGAAGCAUGGUGUUUGAGUAUUCUCUUACUUUGUUAUAGUCCAACUAGAGAAACAUAGUAUAAAAUUAGCUAGAACUAAGUCUUUGCAGUUCAGCUGUAAUUGUAUGAACAGUGUGUUAUGUCUUUAUUUUUAAAGAGAAUUUAACCAUGUAUGUAAAAGCUAUUUGAGGUCACAAAUGACUAGCAAAAUAUACCUGUACAUAUGCAGCUUAUGUAAAUUUUCAGUCAAUAUAUUUUAAAAUGCCCUCCAUUACUAAAAAUGUAUUUCCUCUAUAUUGAAUAGCAUUAGUUGGCAGUUGUGUGGGUUUUACCUGUUAUUGUUGAAUUGACAUUCAAAAGAGGGAGACUUCAUUUCUGUGGAAGAGAGACUGAAGUUUUCUGUCUCACAGCUUAACAAAAGUUUGCACAACCUUUGCACUUGCGGUUUGGCAGGCUAGCUCUUUGCAGAGCAUUGCAGUUGAUAAAAUCACUUAGUCCUAAUCCUGUCUUUGGUGAAUGCAGUCCAAGAAACGUCAAAUUUGUUUGAAUUGGUUGUAAUAGCAAGAUAUAAAGAUUUUGAUUGUAGUUGAUGUUAUCAACUAAUGCAAAAGGAGCCUAAACCACUGGAGAUUGUGCACUUCAGAUUUGACACGGAUGGGCUCAGUGGUUUGAUGGUAUUUUGGGCUUAAAGUAUGCUUGUUCCAGUUGGCUACCUAUGUGUUCAUAAUUAUUUGGGAUCUCAGACAGCUUGUUUAAAAAGAUGUAUUUUAUUUUUAAGCUGGGGAAAAGCAUUAUUUUAUUCUUCAAGUAGGAAGUUUUAAACAGGAAAUUUAGGUGGGAAACAAUAUAGCUGUGAUACAAAGUUUUGAAAUAUUUUAGUUGCCGGUGUAAAGUACACUGAAAGUGACCAUUUCAGCACCGUUUAUGUAACAGAAUGCUGAAAUUCAAAAUGACACUGAGAGCUGAUGGGAUUGGGGAGAAUAAGGAAUUGGAAAUGGGACUAAUGACUUCGAAAUUAUUUGGAAGUAUGGUGUGUUCUGUAACCAUAUAUAAGCAAGAACUGAGAUUACUGCUGUUACAGGGUUAUGAAACCAGUUCUUCUGCUGUGUGACAGGACAUUUGAAAUUAUUUGGCCUGUAAAGCUUCACUGAGGAGCAAAUCUCAAGUUGCUGUGUGAAACAGCUGAUUUUAGUUUGUUCGUCUGGUAUUAAACAAUAAAUUAUGUUUUCUUUUAAGUGGUCCAAAGAUAUUUUAAUAAAAAUUUCAGUACAUAA